CCGAUAUCUGGACCGUGAUACGGGCCUGCCAAGGAGCGGGCUACAAACUCUUUCUGGACUCGCGGCGUCUCGGUUUGCAUCCAACUUCCUAAUGCUUGGUAGCGGGCCCGGACUCUGCAUCGCCUGACGUUUGGAUGCAGGAGCUCAAAAUCACCGAUCGCGCAGCAACCGAGGGAGAAGUCUUUUGUGCCUUCAUGUUUUAAAGGAUUUCUUUUCCUUAACCCUGGUUUCUACCCCUCCUGUUUGCAAAUCGUGAUACGAUCGAACCAUGGCCGAUCCAUCGACUGGGACCCAGACCUACGGGACACAGGCAAAUGCAUAUGCAGCCGAGAACGACGUCCACCGACGCGGCUCUGCAGGCAAAGAGCGGAAGUUGAGUCUAACGGGCAAAACGAAUCUGGGUGAAGAUGGCGGGCACAAUUCUGCAGACGACCUUUUGGCUGCCAUGGGCUAUAAGUCCGAACUCGUGCGAUCAAGAUCAACCCUCCAAGUCGCUUUCAUGUCCUUCGUCCUGGCAUCCAUUCCCUACGGUCUAGCAACAACGUUCUACUAUCCUCUUGUUGGGGGGGGCCCUGCGAACAUCGUUUGGGGAUGGGUCACUGUCUCCAUCAUCAUUCUCUGCGUUGCCAUUUCUUUGGGAGAAAUCACGUCUGUGUAUCCAACAGCCGGAGGAGUGUACUAUCAGACUUUCAUGCUUUCCCCACCCAGCUAUCGAAGAAUCGCGUCCUGGAUUUGCGGAUGGUCUUUUGUGGUGGGAAACAUCACCAUCACUCUCGCCGUAAAUUUUGGAACCACUUUAUUUCUAGCGGCAUGUAUCAAUGUCUUCGAAAGUGCCCCCGGCGUCGGCAUCUUCGCAGGCGAACCUUACCAAAUCUUCCUAAUCUUUGUUGGAAUUACAUUGCUCUGCAAUGCCGUAUCUGCGCUUGGAAACCGCUGGUUGCCUCUCCUAGAUACAUUCGCCAUUUUCUGGACUUUUGCAGGCCUUAUCUGCAUUGUGGUGUGUGUGCUUGCCAUUGCGAAACAGGGCCGUCAUAACGGCUCUUAUGUGUUUGGCGAAUUCAAUCCCAUCUCCGGAUGGCCAGCGGGAUGGUCAUUUUGUGUCGGACUUCUGCAGGCUGCCUAUGCGACUUCGAGUACUGGCAUGAUUAUCUCAAUGUGUGAAGAAGUCGAACAACCCGCAACCCAGGUCCCCAAAGCCAUGGUCGGCACCAUCAUCCUCAACACCUUCGCAGGCCUCGUCUUCCUCAUCCCCCUCCUCUUUGUUAUGCCAGACCAAGCGUACCUCGCCUCCCUCCUCUCCGCGCAACCCGUUCCCCCGAUCCUUAAAUCCGCUGUAGGUUCCGCGGGCGGGGCCUUCGGCCUCCUCGUCCCGCUCCUCGUUCUCGCCAUCUUCUGUGGCAUUGGUUGCACAACGGCCGCAUCGCGCUGUACAUGGGCAUUCGCGCGCGACGGUGCAAUUCCCGGGUCGAAGUGGUGGCGGGCUGUGAACGAGAAUCUCGAUGUGCCGCUGAAUGCUAUGAUGUUGAGUAUGGUUGUGCAAAUAUUGCUGGGAGUUAUAUAUUUUGGUUCUGCUGCCGCGUUUAAUGCGUUCUCAGGUGUUGGUGUGAUUUGCUUGACGUUGAGUUAUGCGGUGCCGAUUGCGGUGUCGCUGGCGGGUGGGAGGAGACAUAUUGCUGAAGGCAGUUUUAAUCUAGGCGUUUUUGGUGUGGUGUGUAAUGUCAUCGCGCUAUGCUGGUCCGCCCUAGCAAUCCCCCUGUUCUGCAUGCCAUCCGCCAUCCCGGUUGCCGCCGAAACCAUGAACUAUGCAUCCGUUGUCUUCUUCGCUUUCUUCGUUAUCUCAGGCGCUUGGUAUUUCAUCUGGGGGAAGAAGAAUUAUCAAGGUCCGCCUACGCAUGAAGAUGCCGUGCUAGAGGCGAGACGGGCGAGUGUUAUUAGCCAUAAGUCGCAGAAUUAAGGGAAGGGGUGAGUUAGGUUUGAGGUGGCAGGGGGAGUCUUGUAGGGUUUGUGUGUACGAUUGGAUUAGAUAGCAUAGUUUUUUUAUGUAUUUUUUUUAUCGUAGGAAGAGGUCGACGGAGC